AGCCAUUAUUAUUGUUAGGCGUAGAGCGUUCUGUUCUCCCGUCUUGUUUACCGCAGAAAAGCUAGUUUAGGGAAGCCUCUACGCUUAGUUUUCCUUCCUUCAUCCUGUCCGGACCUUCACCAAUGAACUGUAUCUUGAAUAUGUCCACUUACAGCUUUAUCUCGGCAUCUCUUGCCCUAGUCACAGUUAUCUUGUGCUUGCAAAGGUCUCCCAACUUAUCUUCCUGCCUCCAGAACUUUAUAUCUCGAUACGACACUUUAAAACACUUCCCUCCAUCCCAUGAAUGUGUGCGCGCGCCAGCUCACUAGGGACCUGGAGAACACAGACCCGGGAGCCCAAGGUCCCGUCUCUGUCUCCUGAGCGCCGGCAUUUCAGGCCACUGUUGCAGUUGCUAUGGGUGGAUUUCAAGGCCUUCUGCUUGUACAGCAAGUAUGCAAAGAAGCCUCUUUGUCCUGAUGUGCUCAGAGAGACUAUGGAUCAGUCUGGAGUUCUCCUCUGGGUAAAGGCAGAACCUUUUAUAGUAGGUUCCUUGCAAGUCCCACCUCCAUCCAAAUUCAGUCUUCACUACCUCAGGAAGAUAGCCAGCUACGUGAGAACUCGGGCCACAGAAGGCGCCUACCCACGCCUCUACUGGUCUACAUGGAGGCACAUCGCGUGUGGAAAGCUGCAGUUGGCUAAGGAUCUAGCAUGGCUUUACUUUGAAAUUUUUGAUAGUCUUUCAGCAAGAACACCCGAGGAGCGCCUGGAAUGGUCUGAAAUUUUGUCCAACUGCAUCACUGAAGAUGAAGUUGAAAAGCAGAGAAAUCAGCUUUCCGUAGACACUCUGCAGUUUCUGCUCUUCUUGUACACCCAGCAGUUAAACAAGAUCUCCCUGCGGACUUCAUUGAUUGGGGAAGAGUGGCCUAGUCCCAGAAGCAGACCUCAGUCUCCGAGCCUGACUGAAAGGCCCAGCCAUCACAGUAAGAAUUGGGAUGACUACAGCCACCAGGCUUUUGUCUGUGAUCAUCUGUCAGAUCUCCUCGAGCUGCUUCUAGACCCAGAGCAACUCACUGCUUCCUUUCACUCGUCCCACAGUAGCCUGCUCUCUCGAGAGGCUGUCAAGGCCCUCAGCUUCCUCAUCGAAGGCACUGUGAGCAGAGCCAGGAAGGUCUACCCCCUCCAUGAGCUGGCGCUGUGGCAACCGCUGCACGCAGCAAGUGGCUUCUCAAAGACCUCGAAGACCUUCUCCUUCUGCAAGCUGGAGGCCUGGCUAAGAGCCUGUUUGACUGUGAAUCCAUUUGGUCCAUCCGCUUGCCUCAAAUCUGGGAAGAAGUUGGCCUGGGCUCACCAAGUUGAAGGUACGACCAAAAGAGCUAAGAUUGCAUGCAACACUCACGUGGCCCCUCGGAUGCACCGCAUCGUGGUGAUGAGCCAGGUUUACAAGCAGACACUGGCCAAGAGUUCAGAUACUCUCGUGGGAGCACACGUCAGGAUUCAUCGCUGCAACGAGUCUUUUAUAUAUCUGCUCUCCCCCUUACGAUCCGUGACAAUUGAAAAAUGCAGGAAUAGCACGUUUGUGUUGGGUCCUGUGGCGACGGCUCUUCACCUACAUGACUGUGAGAACCUGAAAGUCAUUGCUGUCUGCCAUCGACUGUCCAUCUCUUCCACAACAGGCUGCACCUUUCAUGUCAUGACCCCUUCACGCCCACUUAUUCUCUCUGGGAACCAGAGAGUAACUUUUGCCCCCUUUCAUACCCAUUACCCACUGCUGGAGGACCAUAUGGCCAGGACUGGCCUUGCUACGGUGCCUAACUAUUGGGAUAACCCGAUGGUUGUGUGCAGAGAAGGCAGUGACACCAGCGUCUUCCAGCUCCUGCCCCCCUGUGAAUUCUACAUUUUUAUUAUUCCCUUUGAGAUGGAAGGGGACACAGCAGAGAUCCCUGGGGGUCUCCCCUCUGCUUACCAGAAAGCACUGGCUCAAAGGGAGGAGAAGAUCCAGAUCUGGCAGAAGACCGUGAAGGAGGCUCGCUUGACAAAGGAGCAGAGGAAGCAGUUCCAGGUCCUUGUGGAGAACAAGUUCUAUGAGUGGCUGAUUAACACAGGACAUCGCCAGCAGCUGGACAGCCUCGUCCCACCCACUGCAGCCUCCAAACAAGUGGCCGGCUAGGACUCCGCGAAACCACUGGGCUCAGAGAAGGUGAGGAUGGGUGGAGCAUGGUGCCCACAGAAGACUGUGCAGGAACGGCAUCCCGGCUGCCUGGGAGGCCUCGAGGCUUUUCUCUCUGCCCAAGACCUUCUGCUGUUCCUGUUCUGUAUUGACUUAGGUUGAAUUUCAGCCACGCUCUGACUUUCAUAACAGCUUCUUGCUGUAGAAGGUCAGAAGAUUCACACGUGUCAGGCCCGAGUGGAACACUGGGCAGAGCAGGUUUGUGUGCACGUGUCUGAGUGCUGAGGAGUCCAGGCUUGCCAGCCGACUUCACAUGUUAAUUUGUGCGCAUGCCUGCAGUCUCAGGACUCCAGAGGCAGAGGCAGAGGCAGCAGGAUCUCUGUGAGUUCCAGGCCAACUUGAUCUACAUGGUGAGGCCUCUGUUGUCUCAAAAAAAAAAAGGAAAGAGAAAAAGAAAAGAAGUUGUAUGGUUCUUUGUAACUAUUUAAAAGAAAGUUGCUAUUCCCAUUUAAAAAUAGUGACAGUAUGGUCUGUCAGUAUACAAAUAUAGCAGAGAUAGUUUUAUAAAAUGGUAUUAUAGGCCUUAAAGUAUAAAACACAUGAAAUUGUGUAAAAUUUUUUAUUUUUCAUUGCUUGCUUCAAAUUUCAAUAAACCCUAAAAAGUAAUUUU